AUGAAACUACGAAGCUUAAACCUAAGAUGCCCCUUGUUAUUCAAACGGUGGGCCCUGUCCAACCCCUUUUACACAACGACACCAAUUUUCUACGUCAAUGCGGCACCACAUAUUGGACAUUUAUACUCCAUGUUGAUUGCCGAUACGAGGACGCGAUGGGAGAAAUUAAACCCAACGAAACUGGCCUAUAUGUUGACUGGUACUGAUGAGCAUGGGCUAAAGAUUCAAAAUACGGCUGAGAAGCUCGGUGUUGAGCCAAAAGAAUUGGUUGAUAAAGUAUCCAACAACUUCAAAUCGUUAGCUUCACAAUUGAAUAUUGAGUAUGAUCGAUUUAUUCGAACUACUGAUUUGGACCAUGUUGAAGUGGCACAGUAUUUUUGGAACUUGAUGAUGGAAAAGGGAUACAUUUAUAAAGGAACGCAUAGUGGAUGGUAUUGCAUCAGCGAUGAGACUUUUUAUCCUGAAUCAAGUAUUGAAGAAGUUGAAAAAGAUGGUAAAGUGAUUAAAAUAUCAUCAGAGACGAGGAAUGAAGUUGUGUAUGAAACGGAGACCAAUUAUUUUUUCAAACUUUCAUCAUUCCAAGCUGAUUUGAUUGAGUAUUUAAAACAGAAUCCUCAUUUCAUUCAGCCCCAACAUCGAUAUAAAUUUAUCCUCAAUGAAUUGGUAACCACUCCACUUCCUGAUCUUUCAGUGUCUCGACCAUCUUCAAGGUUGAUUUGGGGGAUUGAUGUCCCUCAUGAUUCAUCGCAAAAGAUUUACGUUUGGUUUGAUGCGUUAUUAAACUACCUUACUGCCACUGGGUUCCCCAAAGGGUUCGAACAAGAGGGAAAUAGAUUCAUCACCCCUGAGCGCAACCCAUGGCCAGCAACACAUGUUAUUGGUAAAGAUAUUAUACGAUUUCAUUGCAUAUAUUGGCCCAUUUUCUUGAUGGCUGCCGGAAUUGAAUUGCCGAAGCAAGUGAUUGUCCACUCACAUUGGUUAUGUGAAGGUUUUAAAAUGAGCAAGAGUUUGGGAAAUGUUGUUGAUCCAAUGGAAUUGAGUGAAUAUUAUGGUGUUGAUCCCGUAAGGUUCUUUUUGACGGAGAAUUCUAAUAUCGAUGAUGAUUGUAAAUUUAGUGAAGCUUUGUUGCAAAGAAGUAGGGAUGCACUUGUGGGAAAAUAUUGCAAUUUGAUUUCGAGGAUUGGGGGUAAGCUGUUUGAUAUUGAGGCAGCAGUGACGCAGGCGAAAGAUGGUGGGGUGUAUGAGGGCAUUGAUGAAUUGAUAAGUCGGUAUAGUUUGAAGAAGGAAAAUGUUGACUUGGUAAUACAAUUGUCUAGGGAAUUACAAGAGAAUCUAAACGAUGCUUACAAGGAAAUGGAUGCAAAGUUUACUGCCUUUGAUUAUAUACGAGCAAUACAAGUGUGGUGGAAGAUUAUCAAUCAAGCUAACCAAUUGUUUCAAGUCGCUGAACCAUGGUUGUAUGUGUCAGCAAUUAAAGAGUCAAAAAUAAAUGGAGAGACAGCAAUUGCAUAUGAGGUUUUGGUGAACUACUUUGUUUACCUAUGUGCAGAAACAAUGCGUAUUCUGUCGAUAUUGAUCCAACCAGUAAUGCCAACUUUGUCAGCACAGAUUUUGAAUAGAUUGAAUGUGACUCCUGAAAGACGUAAUUGCAAUUUUACCUCAGUAGGUGCUGAUUUGGAUUAUGGAGAAAAUGCCAACUCCACCCUGCAUAAACCACCUUUACAAAAAGUCAAAACUAGAGUGUGA